AGAAACGGAAACCUUCGGCGACAUCAUUAAACAUCUACAGACGUUAAUGUGCGGAUAACAAGACAACAACCCGUUCAUUGUGAUUGAAGAUCCGAAUAUGCACACGACAGUCGGCGACAUUUGGAUAAGUGCUCUAGCUUAACAAAUGCUAUUAACGCUACUAGCUGACUGUUAACUAGCUGAGUUUAGUGGUCCAGGGUUUGCUGUAUGUACCGUACUCAAAAGAGACUUUAAAAGACUAAUGUAAUCAGUUAACAUCUCUGGACUAUUCUCAGGGUUGAUUAGCAACCGCUUAGUAUGUGAGGCUAAACUAACCAGUGUAAUGAGAGAUGUAAGGCCGAGCCUCACUAUGUUUACAUCUGCUAGCUAACACUCACUCCCUUUGUCAAUUGCUGUCGGAUGCUAGCUUCUGUACAUCAGCUUUUCAGGGUGUUAUCAAUUCAGCUGGGCCAGAGUUUGCUUAUGCAAUCAUCCUAGUCAAAUCAGUUGAAAGACAAAACAGUUGAAAUGGCUGGCGACGCUGGCAGCAUCCCUGAACUGGACCAAAAGAAGUACGAUUCAGACGAGCAGGUGAAGAUCAUCUGUCUGGGAGACAGCGCAGUUGGUAAAUCUAAGCUGAUGGAGAGAUUUCUCAUGGACGAAUAUCGUCCCCAGCAAUUGUCAACCUAUGCUUUGACUCUCUACAAACACACAGCCGCUGUAGGAAAUAAGACAGUCGCCAUUGAUUUCUGGGACACCGCUGGUCAGGAAAGAUUUCAGAGCAUGCAUCCCUCAUACUACCACAAAGCACAUGCAUGCAUAAUGGUUUUUGAUGUUCAAAGGAAGAUCACUUAUAAGAAUCUGGCCAACUGGUAUAAGGAGCUGAGAGAGUACAGACCGGAGAUACCCUGUUGUGUGGUUGCUAACAAAAUUGAUGCGGAUUUGAAGGUGACACAGAGAAGCUUUAACUUUGGGAAGAAGCAAGGAAUCCCAUUUUACUUUGUAUCAGCGGCUGAUGGGACUAAUGUAGUUAAGAUGUUCAGAGAGAUGAUCACGAGAGCAGUGGAUUACAAGCAAAACCCCAGCGACUUCAUGGAUGAAGUGUUGCAGGAAUUAGAGAACUUUGACCUGGAGAAGAAGGAAGAGGACUCAGAAGCAGAUGAGGUUGGAUUGAAAGCAGAAGGUCCUGAGUCGGAGUGACCGAAGUUUACAGACCCUCCUAAACCUCUCACCGUCUCCUGGAUACGUUUUCCUCCCCUGGGGCUGAGCCUCUACAGGCACAUUGUUUGUCCUUAUGUCUUUUUUGUGGUCUACUUUGAUACCAUUGUUUUGUAACAACAUUUGUGAAUUUGUAGUCAGGUUUUCAGUCACUGCCCUCCAUCUGUCCAGUGACAUUGGCAGGGAAAUAAACCUGGUGGAAUAAUUAGGAAUUGUGUUGUUUACCAAGUUUAUUUAGCUGCUGUUUUAAACUUGUCACUCAUACUUUGUCUACUACAAUACCAGUGGACAAUAGUGCAAUGAGGCAGAAUGUAUUUAAUUGUGUGAUAAGAAUGUGAAGCAUUGAAAACUAACUCGCACAGAGCAAAGAGAAUGUGUGACUAUGACCGUAUUUGCUGCUGUUCUCGAUGUUUGUGUGUUGUGUGCAGUGCCAGCAUUGAGCAGCCUCAGAUGGCUGCUUCUGUUGCAUUAGUUUUAUGAUGUAAAUUCUGUUUUCACUACACUUUUAAAUGAAAACUUAAUGUACCAUGUAACCCAAUUGUUAUCACGUGUCUCUUUCUGACUUGCUGUGGUCCAGAAGUUGGCACUAAGGAGUGAAUUUCAGCAUAUUAUAAAAGACAGCUGCAUUAAUCUCUUUUGAAAUGCUCAGCCAGCUGUGUCCUUUCUGAUGGAUUUGUGAAGGCUGUGAGAGAUUCAUUCAUAUUAGCAGGAAUGUUGCCACAAACAACAUUAAAUAUUUUCCUGGCAGAAUCUGACUAUCAUUUUAUCACACCGUUCAAUUAUUUCCAUAUGAUGAGUAUGUUGUACACAGGAAUCAUGUAUAUAUAUUUUGUACUGAUAUUUGACCAUGGCAUAAUAAAUCACACUGGCUUAUACU